AUGGCUAGCAACGAAUACCUCGCCAAGCCAAGCGGCGCGUGUUGCCUCGAAGGAACGCUGCACAGUGGCGAGCCGCGCGGGACCUUCACACAGAUUGCCGACGUCGAGACAUAUGUGGCCACGCCACCGCCGGGCAAGUCCAACGGCAACAUCGUGCUGUAUUUUCCUGAUGUCUGGGGCAUGUUUCCAAACGGACUCCUUGUCAUGGACGGCUUCGCAGAUGCAGGCUACCUCACACUGGGGCUUGAUUAUUUCCGCGGCGAUCCCGUGUGGAAACAUCGCAAAAACCGGCACGACAAAUCAAACCCCGCAUUCGACUAUGAGGCAUGGAAGCGCAAACAUGUCGCCUUCGCGGAUGUAGCCGUGCCGAAAUGGGUGGAGGCGGUGAAGGCACAGUACGGUGGCGCUGCUACAAGAUAUGCAUGUGUCGGCUAUUGUUUCGGGGCUCCGUACGUGUGCAACGAGCUCGCAGGGGACACGGUCACGGCCGGAGCAUUUGCCCACCCUGCCUUCCUGAGAGAAGAGCACUUCCGCAAAAUCAAGAAGCCUCUCUUCAUGUCGUGCUCAGAAGUAGACCACACUUUCGACCAAGGAUCAAGACGGAGAGCGCUGGACAUUUUGCGUGCAGAAAAGAAGACGUGGCAUCUGCAAUUGUUUUCUGGGGUUGAGCAUGGAUUCGCUUUGCGGGGCGAUCCAGAAGACUCCUUUCAACGGUGGGUUAAAGAGGAAAGUUUGAGGGGUAUGUUGCAAUGGUUUGAUUUCUGGCUCUCUCAGUAA